AAACCCGCAAAACCCUAACCAUACACUACUUUUCUUUUUUUCCUACACUUUUCAUUUGGCUUCCUCUGCCUCGCUUUUGAAAACGCGCGUUUCAGGCGAAGAUGGUUGGCGACAACACGAAGAAGUUGAAAGUCGCCGAGAAUUUGGAGGAUAGCAUCGACGGCGAACUCGUCCUCUCCAUCGAGAAGCUGCAAGAAGUCCAAGACGAGCUCGAUAAGAUCAAUGAAGAGGCGAGUGAUAAGGUCCUCGAAGUAGAGCAGAAGUACAAUGAGAUAAGGAAGCCAGUUUACGAUAAGCGAAAUGAUGUCGUCAAAUCUAUUCCUGAUUUCUGGUUCACUGCUUUUAUGAGUCAUCCUGCCCUUUGUGAACUUCUGAACGUAGAGGAUCAAAAGAUAUUUAAGUAUUUGGGUUCUCUUGAUGUUGAAGAUAAUAAAGAUGUCAAAUCAGGCUACUCAAUCACCUUUAAUUUCAAUCCCAAUCCCUAUUUUGAGAAUACAAAGCUUACAAAGACUUUUACCUUCCUUGAAGAAGGAACAACAAAGAUAACUGCUACCCCCAUAAAAUGGAAAGAGGGCAAUGGAUUACCCAAUGGACUUGAUCAUGACAAGAAUGGGAACAAGCGGGCUCGUAUUGAUAUCAGUUUCUUUAGUUGGUUUAGUGACUGUGAGCAGAAAGAUGAUGUGGAUGAAAUUCAUGACGAGGUUGCAGAAUUAAUCAAGGAUGAUUUAUGGCCAAAUCCACUCACUUAUUUCAACAAUGAGCUUGAUGAAGAGGAUGUUGAUUCUGAAGCUGAUGAUGAGGAAAACGAUGAGGAUGACUCUGAAGAUGAUGACCAAGAGGAGAAUGACGCUGGGAGUGAGGAUGGCAAUCACAGUUGAAAAAUGCAUUAUGGUGCUGUUCCCUGUUUAUUUGUCUGGUUGAGUAUGUAAGGCUUUUAGGCGUGGUGAGCGUUUCCAUUUUUUCGAGGUGUUAACUCAAGGUGGAGCUAUAUAGAAAGUGGUUCUUUGACCAUAUAAUUUAUUAAUUACCCUGUGAAGUUGUUUCGCUGGUUUCAGCCUUCAUGCACUUUUUUUGUGAUACUAGUAACAUACUAGCUCUCUAUCGGUUCUUUUUUGUGGAAUUACAUAUUAAAAUUACAGUAUUUAUUGUAUAUUUGGAUUUCUUGGCAUAAGGAUUACCCUUCAAGGCAUUUUACCGAUAUAGAACCAUUUCAAAUGCUA